AGGUUUGCUCUUUCGCAUGUCAACUCCCGAAUUCGCAGACACACAGAAAUCACCCCUAAAAAUUUGCGCAUAGAAAUUAGGUAACUAUAGUACAACCCCACCACCUAAGUAGAGAAAUACAAGAGCAGGCGUCUGCCAAGAGCCCUACAAUCCGUGAUCAUGCUGCUAUGAAGUUGCGACUCAAAAUCCAGUGAACAUUCCCCGAUGCGCUACUCCUGAGGGCGGGGCAGCUCUGCGCGAAAGCCGCGGGUUUCGGUGAUACGUUCGCUAUGGAUCAUUUCUUGACGGCAAGAGUUGGACCACGAAGAUGUCGCCUGCAGUAGGAACAAGUACAGCAAGAACACCCAUGCUGUCUGGAAAAAUGAAGCGGGAGAAUAAACCUCUCGCCCCUGCUUUGGGGAAUAUUCCGGGGCGACCGCUAUGGGGGGCAAGACCUCCUCCGAGGUGGAGUACAACUGCAGCGGCGGUUUCGUCGAUAAUAGCAACAGAGAUUCAUCUUUUAACGAGCCAGAGCGUCUUUUUCCAGCCUGUUGCCGCUCUGCUUCAGCUGAAAGGGAACAGCAAGCGUGCAAGUGCAGCUUCUUCACGAAUAAAACCGUUGCUGGCGAAUCGGAAAGAAAGAGUGGAACAGUUGGAACUGCGGCUGGAACAGGAAGAGAAGGAGAACAAGAGCAGACCCAGUCCAGAUAGUAAAAGCCCGCGGAAGGAGAAAGGACAAGGAGUUGUACCAACUGGCAGUUCAUCUUCAUCCGAACAGGAACCAGGGACAACAAAGGCCGACGUAGUGGACAAAAAGUCAUCAAUAUUAGAAAGCACAAGAACAACUACACAGCAGGAUGCCCCAGAAGGAUUGCCGCCAAUAGCGAAACGUUCCGUAAGUCUGCUUCAGAGCAGGCGAAAGCCUCCGAGUGAUUUUUCGAGAAAUAAGCACGAAGAAGACCACUACCCUGUGCAGGAGCAGAAAGUAGACACCAAUAAUAAUGCCAUGGAAAAUAUUAACACAAAAUGCGACGAGGUGGAACCACAAGACGACGACAACGAUGACGAUAUUUCUUUUGGUAAAGAGGACGUUUCUCUUCUUGAAAAGCGACGGGCUGCGAGACGAGCAAACGACGGUGCGUUAGCAAUGGAGGAAUUGUCUUUCCCGCCAACCACUUCUUUCUUCCAAAUCGGUGAGGUGAAGCGGGGAUCGAAGAGCCGGCUGAAGGUUCCUGCAAAGGACAAGCGUGCUGUUGCUGACCAAAAUGAAGAUGCGUUGAACAAUGCCGAUUCAUCUUCCCGUACUACAGUGACUUCCGGUUCGAUUUUAGAAAUUUUGAACAAGAAGAAGAGAAGAAUAACAGUAACCACUACACGUCUUGCGGAGAGCAGUACGCGCGAAGGUCGCAUUUUAGCAGCAGCAAAAGAAGGAACCUCCAAAAAAGCAGCGCUAGCGUCGACCAACGCGCCCGUUCCCGCUCGAAACCAGCCCAACCAGAGCAACGACGUAGUCUUUUCUUUCGAAGGAGGAGGAGGACCACCGUCCGGAAAUGAUGUGAAAACGCCGUCGAUUUUAUCCGCGAGCAGUAAAAGAACUUCGGUUGAAGAUAAAAAUUCCGCGACGUGGUCGUCCGGGGAGCGAAGUACUUCUAUAUCCGCGAAUAAAGCUACUGGUCGUACUCGUAGACGUAGUACUCCGAGCACGACCUCAGAAGAUGAGAAUGCGCACCAGCCGGGGUCAGGAGCCAGCUCUCCUGGACGAUAUCAAGAUGAUGUUGUAUCAGAAGACGGAGUAUGAAAUGCAAAAAUGUCUGGGUCUGGAAGAUUGCGAGAUUUGUCAUGCCAGUCUGGCAUGCCUCUACACUCUGUAUUGCGUGGCCACCAAGAGGUCCUCUUGCCUGUCAUGCAAAAGCGCAGUUUCUCAUGCGAAAUGCGCAUCACAGAAUCACGAAAAAACUUGUCAUGCUUGGCGGCGCAUUACAGAGCACUUAUUGUUCACGGACUUGCAUCACAAGUUUCCAGACCCAGACAUUUUUACAAUCCAUACGGAGCCUAUGCCUAUCCAGAACCACCUCCCCCGAAAAUUUCCUCUAUCAUGUUCGCCGCCCCGCCAGUUACGGAAGAGGAGCAGCACCAACCUGCAUCAUCUUCAUCUUCACCAGGGUAUGGUAUUCAUGAAAGCGACAGCCCAAAAAUCAAGAUAAACAUCAACAUCCCAACGUCAGAUGGGAAGAACACCGAGGACACAAGUAAUACAAAUACUCUUCCGUCGGCCUCCGUGCCCCUCGAAGUAGAGGCUCCUGGAACAUCAAGCAACGGCACGGACGCUUCGCUGGCGCCAGACGGGGCGUCCGAUGGCAGCAGCAGCAGCGGCAGUUCCGAACUCAUGGAUGAUGAUAUCAAGUACACAACUCUCCCUCCCCCUCAUUUGUCAUGCAAAACCCCAAAUCCAGUCGCUGCCCUGUGGCUCUGUUUGCAUGACAAAUUCCGGAAGCCCAAACAGUACUACAUCAGGUACAUAAAUUUGUCAUGCGUAGGCUCCACGUGUGCUGGUGUUUGUAUUGCUGUUCAUGCCAUACAAAUGAGGGGGAGGGGGACUUGUGCACUGUUAUAGAUGAAGAAGAUUCCUCCAUCCUCGGGAUCAUCAAGCGCCUCACCACCGGGUAUCAGAAGGAAAAAUCCCCCCUCCCCAUAUCGAAAAGGUAUGUUUCCAAAAAUUUGCGUUGCGGAUUUGAGGUCACAAAUCACCUCUGUCUUGCACGAAGGCAAACCCAAAGAAUACGCCGCCUUAUGGAGGCGAUUUGUAAUGCUGUUUCACCUACAUGGCAGGCCUCUCUUAUGCCAAGCGCCUACAACAAAACACCCCUACGCAGGCUCCUGAGGCUUUGCCUGUAGUGCCUCGCUGCAAGACAGGGCUGAUUUGUGUACUCAAAUACAGCAUCACAAAUUUCGUUUUCGAUAUGGGGAGGGGGAAUUUUUCUUCUUGAUACCGGGCAAAUCAUCGCCAUCAUUGCCGCCGCGAGUUUCCUGUUACUAGUUCUCGCGCUCUGCUGCUACCUGAAGUGCUGCCGGAUAUGAAAUGCAAAUAUGUCUGGGUCUGGAUGAGUGCAAUGUUUGUCAUGCAUAUUUUCCAUGAGUCAUGAUGUCUGUGAUGCAUGCCUAGCAUCACAGAUUCUGCGGGGGCCUUCUGAUGCUCCUACGACCGCAUGAGAAAUGCCCUCUUUGCGUAGCAACAACUGGGCCUCUUUUCCUAUUCAUGCAAUACAGAUUUUAUGUAGAAAAUCCUGAGGCAGCAUCACAAGUUGCACCCUUCCAGACUCAGACAUUUUUGCAUUUGAUACCGGAAGAAGAGCGACAACAAAUCGGUCAAGCUGGUAAAAACGCCGAGCGGGAAUUUUAUCGUGGAUGAGUCGGGGCUGGAUCAGGGAGAUACAGAAGGACACCGCGCAUCGGGAGUUAAUACAGGCAAUAAACCUGCUACACGAAAAUCCGGGGAUCCAGACGAGGGCACAGCACUCCCCCACGACGGGAAACACCAUAAACAUCCGAAAGGUAGUACCCCGCAACAGCAGCACCUAGUCGGCGGGCAACAUCAAGCGGGUAGUACUCCUAUGAAGGGCGCGGGAAAGCAUAUCCAGGGCUCUUUGCCGCCUCUAGCCCAUGGAGGUUCUUCGCAGCUCUCCAACCCACAAAGCCUACUGCAGGGGAUGCUUCAUGGUGCCCAGGGAGCGGAAGUUGUUGCGGUCGCUGCCCCAGCAGGGUUGGCGCAACCGUCGAAUGAAAUUUACCAUGGGCAAUCGCCCUCGCAAAACGCGUUUCUGAUGGGCACGGGUGCGGCGCCGGGGCCGGUGAGCAAAUUCGGCAGAGCCAUGUCGAGGGAACUCAAGUACGGCUUGGACCACGCGAAGGACAUACCGAAGAUAUCAAGAGGAAAAAUCCCCCCUCCCCAUAUCGAACAGGAAAUUUGUGAUGCUGGAUUUGCUUCCCCAAAUCGGCCUGUGUUCCUAGAAGGCCAAGGGACGCACUUGCGGCCUUAAUUGCAGGCAAUUUGUCAUGCUGUUUCCCACUUCCAGUUGCCUCCUGUCAUGCUGAAGAUGCAAGGCCUUCUUACGCCAGCAAGCACUACAGUCUGCGUCUUUUCCCUUCUAGCAUGACAACAUCUUUUGUGGUCACAAAUCAGCAUCACAAAUUUCCUGUUUGAAUAUGGGGAGGGGGGAUUUUUCCUUUCGAUAGAAGAGCCAAGAAAUAAACGAGGACGAUUAUGCGAAAAAGAUCGCGUUGAACCGCCAGUAUCAAAUGUAAAAAUGUCUGGGUCUGGAAGAAUCCAACUUGUCAUGCUGAUUUUGGAUUCUAAAAAAAUCUGUAUUGCAUGAGCAGCAAAGAGAGUCCGAAUUUUGCAGCACGGAAAGAGCAUUUGCCAUGCGGAAUAGGCAUCAGGAAGCCCCCUAAAAAUCUGUGAUGCUAGGGGAUGCAUCACAGACUUGAGGAGUCAUGCAAAAUAUGCAUGACAAACCCGGCAAUCUUCCAGACCCAGACAUUUUUACAUUUGAUAGCCAGAAGUACUUCGCAAAUCUCACGCACGACUCACGGUUUAAUUUAGAAGAGAACCAAACAGCAGAAGAAAAAAUCGCGAUUUUAAACGCGUACUACGCCGAAACGGACCUCGGUUCCGGCGUCUCCGACACGAGCGCAGAACAGUCAGAGGACGCUCUAACUGCACCAGCGAACAAGCAGGGGCAUAAGAAGAAAAAAGCGAUGAAAAAUAUCGCAGCUACAGGACCGGGAAGCAAGAGAAAGAAGAUUUUCAAGGACGUGGGGGAAAUUGUAACCGCUUUGGAGGUGAAGUGGCGGGAUCUGGUGGAUUUGGAAAAGCGGAAAUUGCUCGCGUACAUGAUCAACGACCCGACACUUCCCGGGACUCUGGAAAUCCCCGCGGAAUUAUAUCGUAAGGAAAGAUCCCCCCUCCUCAUAUUGAAAUGGUACGUUCUCCAAAAUUUGCGUUGCUGAUUUGAGGUCACAAAUCACAUCUGUCUUGCAAGAAGAGAAGGGCAGAAACUUCCGCCCCAUUAUGAAGCCGGUUUGUCAUGCUGUUGGGCCUACAGGGCAGCCGUUUGCCAUGCUGAACAACUAGACCCAUACGCCCCGACCUACCCUGGGGAUCAGGCCGCAAUGCCUCCCUGCAAUACAAAGCUGAUUUGUGUACACAAAUCCAGCAUCAGAAAUUCUGUUUUGAUAUGGGGAGGGGGGAUUUUUCCUCACAAUAAAUUAUUCGACCGGCUGGUCGAAGUACCGUUCGCCUUGCCGACGCUCGGAGAGGUGCGGCAUGUGGUCAAGGAGUGGAAAAGGGUAUUAAGUUUAUAUUCCAAAAUCCGCAUCACAAGUUUGCUACGCAUGACACUGAAAAUCUAUCUGUCAUGCGGCGUUCCUAAGGGAAAACACAGCUAGAAAUCCAUUGUCGUGCAUCUGUAGCAUGACACACACUUCUGCGAUCCAUUUUCUGCAUCACAAGUUCACAAUCACAGCGAAAUCAUAAAUCAAUCUGAAACUACCCCACUACAGAUCGGUGUGAAGAAGGCCGAGAAGCGGGAAUCGACCGGGAGUCCGGAGACGUAUUUUCAUUUGAAGCAGAAAAAAACCCACUCCGACAAUUCCGGUGACGGAUCAGACUCCUCCGAUUCCGAUGUGUCCGACUCAGAUUAUUCCGAAGAGGACCCGGAAAACGCAACCCCAAAAUCCCACUACAAGAACCGCAUAAAAUCGAAGUCUUUGCAGUUUAAGUACAAAAGAGCGGUGAUCGACUCCGGAUUCACGCCGGUCUUCGAGUCGGAUUUGCGGAUUGCUUUGUCCUUCGGAAUAUGAACUGCAAAUAUGUCAGGGUCUGGAAAAGUGGAAUCUGUAUUGUGUGUCUUGCACUCCUGUAAAAUCUGUAUUGCAUGACCGACAAAGGCGCGAACUUGUUGUCAUGCAAAAACGCAGUUUCUCAUGCGCACUGCACAUGAGGAAGCGUCCUGAAAAUUUGUCAUGCUUGGCUGCACUCAGGAGUAUGCUCAGUCAUCGCCACUUAGCAUCACAAGCUUCCAGACCCAGACAUAUUUGCAAUUCAUACGGAAAAAUCACGGACUUCAUCGUGAAGCCGGAAAAUGUGAUCGACGUGUCUUUACUAAAAUGCUACGGCAUUGAUCUAAACUCCGAUCGCCUCGGCGCGGUGAUUGUGUGGGCGCGGCGAAGGCGGAAGGAGCUGCGGGACGUGGAAAGAGGAUUGUUAGACGCGGAGUUGGUGGAUGGGUUCGAUUUGGUGAACCAAGUGGAACAACUCUACCCAACGGAACCGGAUCAGCAGGAGAUGGUGUGGAAAAAGUGCGUUUUGGAAAAAACGCUCGGGCAGCAGGAAACCGCGGACAUUUUGAUCCACAUGUCGCCGUUUUCGGAGGAGUAUAGCAAGGAACUCGCGCAUAAACUCUGUGUGGAGGAAAACCCGGCGAAUUAUGAGUUGGAAAAGCGAGUGAAAGCGCAGGUGAUCCACAAAUCGCAACAAGCAUUAUCGGCGAACAAGACGACGUUUGAAUUAGAUAACAAGCACGAGCACCACCACACGUUCGUCGACCCGUUAGCGCAGGACACACUAGCGCCGCCAAACGAGGAAGAGGCCGAGAAAUUGCACGCUUUAGGGUUCGCACCCCGGGAAAAUCUGAAGCGCAUGAAGGGGUGGACUCACGCGCUGUACUUGCUAUGCAUUGCAAAAGUAUCGUACUAGUAGAAACUGCAUGACAAAUUUGCUCAAGAACAAAAAUGCAAUUUGUAAUGCUGUUUUCCCUUAGAAAGUAGAUCUGUCAUGCAUGACUGCAAUUAGUACGAGUACGAUGCUUUUGCACUUGAUACUUGCAAGCGAAAAUCGACUGGAUCACGCAGCAAAGGAGCAAAAAACUCGGAACGCAGCUGUCGCAGGGAUAGUUUUAUUUCUGAGCUGUCGUGUCAGGUUCAGUCGAAAUUAUUUUGAUUUCUUUUUAGUAGAGUAGAUAGAGUUUAUUCAGUUUUACUGAAGUUUUAGCUUCCAUUUUUCAACAACCCAUGUAGUAAGUACUUACACACUGUAGUUUUUGAAGAAUUCUUAUUCUACUGGAGAGGCAGAGGACGUCAUUGGAAGCAGCUUCGCAUUCAUUCAAUCCACGAUCCGUGAUUGGUUUAUUGUCAAGUACUGCUUGUUCUGAAACUCCGUCCAGGAAAAGUGUUCUUACGACUGCUACUUUGUAAAAUUUCUACAGGACUUUAGGUCCUUUUUCACCUUUUUUUAGAAAGUGCUUGCUGCAGUAGAUUUUUAGCAAUGUGAGGAUGCAAAUAAAAUUUUCUGUGCUAGAGGCAAGUCGAUGAGGAGCAUAGCUUUACCACAGUACUCAAAUAACUACAAAGGUGGGCAUUUCAGCUUCAAGACGAAACUCACUCUGCAUCAUGGCAAGUGAGGUUUGAGAAUUUAGACUCUAUUUCCCCUUUCCCUUUCCGUUUCCCCUCCUCAUUUUGAAAAGAAAACGCAAACCACCUGCCCAGAACGGCACGCAUUUUUGCGCGAGCAGGUGGUUACACCCGCGAGCGUGGAGUUGUUUUUCAC